GCUCCCUCGGAUCGCUCCCGUAGCUCAGCCUCCGCGCCGCCGGCAGAGCCCCGCGACCUCGACCCCAGCCCUUGGACAUGGCGAUCCCCGCGCGCCCGCGCCUCCUAGCGGCCCUCGCGCCCACCUUUCUCGGUUGUCUCCUCGCACAGGUGGCCCUGGCGGCAGGCAUUCCAGCGAAAGCAGUUAAUUUAACUUGGAAAUCAACUAAUUUCAAGACAAUUUUGGAGUGGGAACCCAAACCCAUCAAUUAUUUCUACACUGUUCAGAUAAGCUCUAGAUCCCAAGACUGGAAAAACAAAUGCUUCUUAACUACAGACACUGAGUGUGACCUCACAGAUGAGAUCACUCAGGACGUGCACCAGGCCUACGAAGCAAGGGUCCUAUCUAUCCCACGGAGUAACAGUCAUGGGGAGGAACCGUUAUUUACAAACGCCCCAAAGUUUAUUCCUUACGUAGACACAAAACUUGGACAGCCAGUAAUUCAGCAUUUUGAACAAGAUGGUACGAAACUGAACGUGACGGUGGAAGACUCAUAUACAUUAGUCAGAAGGAACAAGAACGGCACAUUCCUCACCCUGCGGGAAAUCUUUGGCAACGACUUGAUUUACACACUUGCUUAUCGGAGAGACUCAAGCUCAGGGAGGAAAAUAGCUGAAACGAACACGAACGAAUUCUCGGUUGAUGUGGACAAAGGGUCGGUCUACUGCUUUAAUGUCCGUGCUGAGAUUCUGUCCACGAAAAACAAACAGAGGAGCCCAGACAGCAUAACUGUGUGCACGGACCAACCGAAGGGUAUAGCGAGAGAAACGCUCAUCACUGUGGUCGCAGUGGUGGUGCUCAUGGUCACCAUCUUUCUCAUCCUCCUGUCCAUAUGCCUGUGCAAGCGCAGAAAGGGAAGAGCAGGGCAGAAAGGAAAGAACGCCCCGCUGCGCUUGGCAUAGAGGAGGAGGCUGAAGCUGCUAACGUCACACUACCUGCAUGCCACCGUUACCAAGACCUCGGAUGGGGACCGAGGAUGUGGGGCGUGGACUUGAGGAUGCUAGUUCCGAAACGCCCCCCCCCCCUUCGUGACCUGUUGUUCCAGCUGACACUUUGAUUCUGACACUAGCGUUUGUCACUUAGAAUGUCCUGAACGGUACGAGUGGGCUAACACUACAGCCACUUUUGCACAAAUGCUUUGGAUUGUGUAUUCUACACUCAGGAAGAUACUGGGUCACCCAGGCAAAGCCAGCGGACAGGUGACUUUCGUAUAACCUGGGUGGACGUUUGAAGACCAUUAGAGAAACUGAUUUUAUGGGCUGCAGAAGAGUAAGAUGGAUUUUGGGUGGACUUUUCUAACAGCUGUCAUUUUGUGAAGCGGUAUUUGGUUUCUUUUUUUUCCUCCCCUAGGUACUUUUGGAAGUUCAAAGCAAUUAUCAAGCUUUGAUAUGAUGUGUUAAAUGCAGGAUAUUUCUGCUUGGGGCAUCUUUGUGACACGUACUACAGUUUAGCACUUUAACUGACAAGCGUGGGGACUAAACAUUUGACUGCCAACUCUAUUUUUCUAAGACUGUAAAAAGGAACCACAUAUAGUUUUAUGAUGUACGGUACUUAAAAAUGUCUAUGCUUAACACUGUAAAUAUUUAUAAAUUUUAAAGGUUUUAUAUAUGGGAUUUUCUAUUUAUAUAGCUUCUAUUUGUAUAUAUUGAGAUAAUUUAUUUAAUAUUUUAUAUAAAUAAAGGUUAUUGGGAAUUCACAUUA